UGAAUAUGGGCUGCCAGGUCCGUGCGCGGCUCCUCGUGGGAACUUUCAUAAUAAUCAGCAGUCGGAGGACAACGUCUUCGUUUUAUCCAUCAUCGUUCCCCCCGUCGACGACACUUCCUUUGUUUUUUCCUCUUGCACCCUUGCAAGACAGCCAUCCAGACGCGUUAUUUUGCGAUUCUUACUCUAUGAUGUCUGGUACUGUCACUGGACCUGAAAAUCAGGAGAAUACCAGCGCUACAGGCUCUUCGUCGGAUCCAGCGUCAUCUCUACGUGCUGCUGCUCUGUUGACUCUCAAGUCCAAGCGUCGCAAAGCCGCUGGCGAACAGUCUUCUACUGCAGCUCUGCCUGCUCGACCUCCUCCCAUUGCCGAUUCCUUCCAGCUCGAUUAUGGCCAAGAGGAUGUACCGUCGUCCACAACUCGAGCCCCAGCACCAGGCCCAUCGAAACCUCAUCCGGUAGAUAUGGAAGAUGGCCAAAUUCGCGAAGAGGGUGAAAUAAGCGACUCAGAAGAGCAGUUGGCUACAGCAGCACCAGCUCGAACUAAACAGUCACCACUGCCUAUGAAGACGCCACAACCCCAGCUCCCACAGCUGGAACCUGCCCACGAAAUCAAAUCAUCUUUGGCGUCUCCUUCAAGGACGGCCGUUACUAAACAGGAAUCACCGCCCGUCUUGUUGGAAAGGAUCACUAAUAUUUCGCCCAGCCCUCUUGAGAUCCGCGACUCCUCCAACAUGGUGGUCGAUGUCGACGAAUCGUAUAGCAGUAAUGCUUAUCUUGCCCUCGGUCCAGAUCAUGUCAGGCCUGGAUUGCAUAUGAAUCAAACUCAAUACGACACCGCGAAAGACAUUAUACUGGAUCUUCUUGGCUGGGGUAUCCCUCCAACGUACCUCGUUGACUGUGGUCUCAGCCGAGAAAUAGUCUACUACGUUUUCAAUGAGCUCAAUCUUCGGCUCCCCGACAAUCUUGACACUAAUGGUCUGAUACCCUAUCUCCCACCACCAUUCUUCCGUUCAGAUGCCACCCAAGAACCGUCUUCUUCAAUGCCUCCUCCUCCUGUUCCAUCAGGCUUACAGUACCACAAUCUACCACCUAGGCCGUUGAAGUUGUCCGAUGUACAAAGUCCUGGCCCAAACUCGGCGUUACCAUCCUCUCUUGCCCUCUCCACCAAUUCUCCGUCCGCGUCGGAGACGUCACCUGUGACAAGCUUACAUGACAUGGAACGACAACGACGGCAAGAAUUGCUUGCAAGGAAAGCUGUCCAAGCUUCUCGCAAGGCGAAACCGCCACCUCCGCCGUCUCCUAGCAGUUCAUCGAUUGCUUCUUCAAGAUACGUGUCCCCAGAACAGCUACCCCAGGACGUGGAGAUGGCUACGGAGACAGUUGAUGACUUUUUGAAGACGCUUGAAUCCACGGCAGAGGGUGAGGCAAUGGAUGUCGACGAGAUUCCCGGACUUGGGAGGUCGCAGCCGGUAUCCAAGCCCCAAAUCUCUCGUCAGCAAUCAUUCAUGGUUGGCCGAGUGGUAGUUCCUCUAUCUUCGCUCACUGCCGAGCAAUCGUCGUCUUCUAACAGCAGCACUCCUACACCGACACCUCUUCAGAAAAGCACGUCUAUGACCAGUCUCGAUGGCCAACCUGUCCGGAGGCGACCCGUAGCUGCGGAUUUUGUUGACAUGGACGGUAGUUCUCGCAACGGGACCGGCUUAGCCAACGGCCGCUCUCACCCACCACACAAUCUAAGGCGAAAGAUGGGAACUGGAUUCGCCAAUGUCAGUAAGAUGCGCAGACUAGUCAUCGACCUGAGCGACAGCGAGGGCGAAGGGGAUGACGAUUAUGUUAUGCGUGAAGCCGGCGAAUACACCAGCACGACUCCCACAUAUCUUCCGACUUCUCUUUUUGGCGCAAAGACGAGCCGAGGCCCGCGUACUCGGUCACCUGCGACAUUGAUGGAGAAAGAGAUGGAGAUUGCAAGAAUGAGACAGUUGAUCGCUGACAAGGAGCAAAAUCGAGUAAAAAAAUUGAUGGUGCGUCUGCCUACCUUCUCUUCUUGAGCUCAUCGAUAAAACAUCGUAGCGGACGAAUUCUGUCCAAGAACCUGCAAACGGUGUUACGGAGAAACCGGUACCCGUUAAACAGGAAGAGGUAGAUCUCAAUCUUGGUGUCCCCGCAAACGGUUCCGCCGGGGAGCGAAUAUCCACUACCAAUCUCCCUCGGACACAAGUCGCUGCGGCC